AUGGCCGAAGUAAUCGGUAUUGUCUCGGGUGCCAUCACAUUUGCGACUGUUAUUAUCCAAGUUGAGAAAUCUAUAUCUGAGCUGAAAGACUGUUGGGAUCAGCUACAGGAUGCGCCCGAAGGACUCCGAAAGUUGAUACAGCAAGUUGAGCUGUUCGGUCUCAUACUGGCGGAUAUCGAAGAGGACCUCCAACAAGUGUCGUUUUCGACAGCGCUAAAUGUUAAAAAAAAUGCGCAGCAAAGCUUAGAAUUCUUCAAAGCGGCUUCUCGGGAUCUGGAGGCUCUUUGUAAAGAUUUGAAUCGAGACGGCCCUCCUUCGAAUCGCAUGCACAAGUCUCGUAAAGCUCUGAGGUUUGUAAUGUCCAAAGGCAAGAUUGAGAAACAUACGACGCAUCUAGAGAAUGAUGUUCACCUGCUUGCACUGUCUCAACAAUGUUAA